AUGACGGAGAAUAGGAAGACGGUCAAGCUGUUUCUUCUUCGGCAUGGCGAGUCAGAGCUGAACCAUGCGAAAAUAUUCUGUGGGUGGAUCGAUGCCCACCUUACAGAUAAAGGAAAGGACCAGGCGAGAAGUUCAGCAUCUCUUAUCGCCUCGUUUUGCAGGGAGCAUGGAAUUGAACCUCCACUCGUAGGUUAUACAUCGAGGCUACUUCGGACUAUUGAAACCAUGCAAGUGAUCAUGAAGGAGCUUCGCAGAGCGGCCGUUUUCCAAACCGUUGUAGAUACCGCGGACGCAUUAGCAGUAGUUGACAAGGUAACUGCAGCCGGCCAGACCCCUGUUCUACAAGUUUGGACGCUAAAUGAACGCCACUAUGGUUCCUGGCAGGGUCAAAGAAAGUCAAGUGUUUUAGAACAGUUUGGGAAGAGUGAUUACAUGCUCAUCAGAAGAGACUACAAUGGGCGGCCACCUGCCGUUGAUUUAGGUAGGGAGAUGAUCCAGGAGGAUAACGAACAAGGGCCACUGACAGGCUACGACUUCAAGGAGCCCAACCGCCGGCUCAAGUAUGGGCCAGAGCUUGAAAAAGCAAUUGAACUUCCUCGUAACGAAUCUCUAGCGGAUGUUAUCAAAAGAUUGGCACCCUUCUUAAAUGAAGUUGUGCUGAAAUUACUUCAUGAAUUAGGAGAAAGUGCCAUUAUAGUAGCACAUGGAAGUACAGUAAGGUCUGUUCUUAAGAUUUUAGCAAACAUCUCGGAAGAGGACAUAAAGGACAUUGAUAUUCCUACCGGAAAUCCUCUGGUCAUCGAACUGAACGCAAGUGACAUGUCUUUCGUUCGGCACUUUUAUUUAGACCCCGAAUCUGCUAGGAAGGAGGCGGAGAACGUGCGAAACGAAGGUUGUAACUGA